AUGUCCUCUACCACUGUCAACUACGAAUCCACUCCGAUCCAGCCCGACUUCCAAGGAACUCCCUUGAACGCGAGCAAUACCGGCGCGCCAGGAAGCGGUGAAAGAGCCGCCUCGCCCACGUACGCGCAGAUCGCAGCGCGAACGCUGUCCCCGAAGAUGAGCGGCAACUCCACCGCUGCUGAUGAAACAGGCCCUGCCGCGCCUCCUCCGACGCCACAGUCUGAGGAAAGCCCGCUCGCGGCUCCCUUCACUCAACGCGAGACCGCUCCUAACGAGGACGACGACCUGGGAUGGACCACGGUCGCGACACCGAAGAAAUCGAAGAAGUCAAAGACCAAGAAGAACAAAGGGAAAGGAAAGGAGACCGCCCCAGCGACGCCGAUGAUCGUCCAAGCCCCAGAGCCUCCCGCACCCGAUGCCUCGCCAAAGAGCGUGGAACCGAGGAAGCGCAGGCGCGUGGACGAAGACUACGGAGUCGACGAACGAUCCAGCGUGAGACGUCAGGAGGCUCCCCGUAACCUCUCUCUUGCGUCAAAGUCGCCCAUCCUCUUCACACAGAGCUCUCCGUCCCCCUCGUACCUAGCGUCUACUGACCCCGGUGAUAACGAGGCUCUUAACGGCGCGGACAACAUGAGCAUCGACCUUGAAGUGGAGCCGGGCUCCAUCUUCGGCCAGCCGGACUUCACUCACCACACGACGGCCAGCUGGAACGGGUCACAGAGCAACAGGUUCGAACACCUUGAACCUGACGCGCCUGGGCCGAGCAACAAGCGGGACGGAGGUCGCAGGAGCGAUGCCGCUCGCAGUGAACGCAUACCCUCGUCAGACAAAUCCCCCAUCCCGUCGCGACAGCCAUCCUUCUCUAUAACACCGCCGCAGACUCCUAGGCAGUCGCGCGGUAAUCGCGCUCGGACGGCGACGCCGGCCGCACCGUCACGCAUACCAACCAGAUCGUUCAAGAAACGUAACGUAGACAGGUCCCCAACCCCGUCCUCCUCACGCGCGCAGAAGUCCUCCAGCGACGUUGAGAUGCUGUUGAGCGAUGGCGAGUCUGCCCGCUCCUCCUCUACGGCUCGGAGCGCUACUCCCCCUCCCCCUCGUCGCCCGCAGCAGCGCCGUGGCGGACGCGGACGCUACUCCGUCGCUGCCAUAGGCAACCCGCCCUUCCAGCCCUCUCCGUCCCCCGAGCCAACCCCCUACGAUAUCAUCAGAGCCGAUCCUGACAUCAUCAUCACCCCGGAGGGCUCUAUGAAGAAGGUGCAGGGCGACUGCAUCGACUGGAAGAAAACAGGCAUGGACCCUGGUCAGGCGAAGGCGUGGAACGACUACGGGAGAAAACGGCCGCUGAUCGUCGCACAGUUCGCAGAACACGGUACAGGAGAGGCAGGGGUCGAUGAACGCGUCUCCUUCCUUCACAACCUCACUGCCCGCCUCUCAUCCAACGACGACGUCCUCGUCACCCCUGCGCACGGACCACUGGAGGCACGAACACAGCGUGUCGGCGUCUUCUCGCCCGCCAACCGGGAGCCUGUCUGGUACAGCAUCGAGGGCCUCAGCGAAGAAUGGUGCAUUGCCUUCGUACGCGCCGCUUGGCUCCACACUGCCGGCCACACUCUGAACUUCGCCCUCUGGGGGAACUCGAUCCCAUCCCUCUGCGCCGCCUUCCGCUACACCUUCCGCUUCCGCGCUAAGUCCAAAGAGCAGUACAUCGCAAUCGUACGCCGCGCACUCCUCAGCGACGCCGUCAAGAAGGUCGUCCUGGAGGUCCUUCUGAGGGACAUCGAGAGAGGUGGACGCUGGAAACGAUCGCUGCGCGACGACGCGUUUGGUGAGGUCCUAGACUCUGUUGACGUCCAGGUUAUCUCCUGCCGCGUCUCCGAACAUACCUCUGAGCCAGUCGCCUUCAUCUACAUUACUCCCCCUACCGCUGACUGGAACGACUGGACUCGCUUCCGCGACGCGAUCCAGAACUAUGGAUUUGGAUCGCCGGCGGCCGGGCACCCUAUCGCCUUCAAAGGUCGCGUGUACUGCACCUUCUGCCACUCUCUAGGACAUCCCUGUGGACACUGCCCGGCCAAGAAAUUCUUCUUCCCGCCGGAGACGACCCAACCGCAGCACCAGCAGCCGUCGACGAGCACGGGCCGAGGCGGGAAUCGUGGCGGCCGUGGGCGUGGUGCUGGCCGAGGCCGCGGCGGCGCGAGGCGAGGCCUCUAA